AUGGAUGGUAAGUUGAUUUACUUUUAGUUAAAGUAGCAAUGGGGAUUUUUUCGAGGUCCUCAUGCAGAAAAAGGAGUUCCCUCAAUCUUUACAAGGAAUUUAUGGUAUCAUUUCACUGUCCUACAAAGUGGAGCCAAACAGCGUAGUUAAAAUAGUUUGUUUACACUGAUUUAAAGUGACUUAAAAACUUUUUCAUGUGAUUAUUUUCAAAUGAAACUCACACUGUUUUCUGUCUGAAUAGAGCAUUGAUUGAUUGUGUUGCAAGUUAAACAUCAACUGAAUAAGACAAAGGUUUUUGUUUUAGAGAGAUUUGGGGACUCGGUUUGUUAAAAAGAAAAAGUGUCUUAAUUUAAAUAUAAAAUCUUGAUAACCUGGGAAACUUCUGUCAUACUUUACUUGCAGUAAGGUUGUGCAGCUUUGACAGGUUUUCUUGUGGCGCCAUCUGCUGGACAAACUGUUACCUUGUUUCACAAUUUGAUAAGAAGGAAAAUAUUCACAAAUUUUAAAGAUUGCCAUCAAUCUUGAGUUUAUUCAAGAAUAUUAGAUAAACUUUCAAAAAUGUGAAAUUAAAUUAAAAAUAAGCGAUUUUGGGGUCUCUCAAAUCCAGGGCUUGAUACUAACUUUUUUCACAAGUAGCACAUGUGCAGUUGAAAAAGUAAGGAGCACACAAAGAACUUCAGGGGCACAAUGAAAAUUAAUCAAAUAAUGUUUGUCUUAUUGGCCGACCUUAGUACUGUUAUUUGAAAUCAAUUUUUAGGUCAAUUGGUCACAUGACAUGGUAGAUCUGCAGUGAAUGUCCGUCAGAUAUCCAACCUAAAACUAACUUCACCACGGUAUUUACAUGAAAAAACAUUUGUUGCCUUGGCUGAUUUUUUUACGCGCACAUGUGCCUCUAAACACAUUUUACAAUUCCCACACAUCUAUUUUUAGUCGCAAAUGUGAGUGAAACGGUGGCACUGUCAAGCCCUGAAAUAAGUUAAGUUUCGGGGAAAUGAGACCCUAUUCACUGUGUACAGUUAACACGGAGUCCUUUUUCUCUCACAGAGCUGACUUCAACGAGGAUUAUUCUGCUUGGAAAAUCUGGAGCAGGGAAAAGCAGCCUGGCUAACACCAUUUUGGGCGAGGAUGCGUUCAAGAUAAACCCCUUCCCCAUAUCUGACAGAAGUCGCUCUUGUGCAGAAACCAGAUUUGUCCAUGGACAGAGAAUCACUGUGAUCGACACUCCUGGUUUCUUCGAUACAGGAAGGUCUGAGGAGGAGAUGAAGCCCGAGAUAGUGAGGUGUAUCACAGAGUGCGCUCCUGGGCCCCAUACUUUUCUCAUUGUCCUCAAAGUGGAGAAAUUCACCGAGCAGGAGCGGGCUGUCAUCGCUAAAAUACGCCAAAGUUUCUCUGAAGAUGCUCUGAAAUACUCUGUGAUUGUCUUCACUCAUGGUGAUCAGCUCCCAGACGAGAUGACAAUAAAAGAAUUUGUCCAGCAGAAUAAAAAUCUGCGUGAGCUGGUGCAGAAGUGUGGAGGCCGUUGCCACGUUGUUGACAACAAAUACUGGAAAGCAGGUGAAGAAAACAACUACAGAAGCAACAAACGCCAGGUGGCAGAGCUGCUCGACACCAUACACAGGAUGGUUGAGGCGAACAAAGGAAGCUACUACACCAAUGACAUGCUACAAGAAGUGAGGAGAGAAAUGAAGAGGGAGGAGGAGCGAAUUCGAGGGACAUCAGGAAAUAUGUCACAGGAUGAGGUUACAAACGAGGCUAAAACCAGUACCUUCCAAUGGUUAAUGAUCACGUCUGCAGGUGUUGUAACAGGAGCGUUGCUAGAAGUUCUGCUAGGAGUGGCUUUUACACUGGUAUCGACAGAGGGGGGGAAGGCAGGUCUCGCUUCAGCAGCUCCACGCUGGGUACUCGCAGGUGGUGUGAGGGGAUACAACGCAGCUGAAGGGGCAAAAAGUCCAACGGAGGCUGUGCAAAAGACAGUGGAGGAAGUGAAGAAGCAAUUUAUGGUUGCAGCAGAUCAAAAGAAAAAAGGACAAACUCGAAAUGAUGACGGUGAAGAGGGAGGUGGUGGUUCUUAA